AUGAACUUGUUGAUGGUGCUAUUUGUAGCGCAGGCGCAUGCAUUCUUCUUUGGGCAGCAACAGCAGCAACAGCAACAGCAGGCUUCCUAUGAGGACCGUGUGUUGGACAGUGGUUGCGCAAAAUACCUCUGUUCUGACACUUUGGAGUGUGUUGAUUCCUGGAAGGACUGUCCUUGUCCAUUUCCUAAGUCUCAGUUAAAAUGUAUGCUACCUAAGGGUUCCAAUCGCCCAUAUGUGUGCAUCUCGAAGCCAGCCACACAUGAUGAGAAGUUGAAUUUGAUAUAUGACGAUCCAGUGCAAGGACCCAAGGCUGCAAUCAAAGGUAUGAGAGAUUGUGGGUGGGUACAACAGAACCUAUAA